AUGAAUCAAAAUCGUUCAAGAAGUCGUUCAAAUCAACGACGAACAAGCCUUUCAAACCAACAACGAAGAAGUCGUUCAAAUCCACAAAGAGGGAGUCAAAUAAGACAGCAACAACAACGUCAACGUGGGCCAAGGCAAUUAAAAUUAAAUGAUUUUAUGCCACCACAAUUACGCGAUCCUUCACCAGAUACACCAAAUCUUCCUUCUGAUUUUAAUUUGGCUGCAAAUAUUCCUUCUGAUGCAUUACCACAACGUGAAAUUUUUGCAUCAGCUAAUAAUAAUACAACACAACCAUUUACAGUUAAUCAAAACGAUCAAAAUCAGCAACAAUUACAGCAAAAUCAACGACAACAACAACAAGCAACUACUACAGCAGCAUUUAGACGUCGUCAACGUCGAAAUCGGCAACAACAAUAUCGUCAAAAUAAGGUUGUUAAUAAUAAUCGAUUUGCUGUAUCAGCUGAUAAUAAUAAUGAUGAUCCAAUUGAAAUUGAUUUAACUGAUAAUGAAGAAGAAGUUAUACAAAUUAACACAAAUAAGAAAAAUAAAGAAAAAAAUAAAGAAAAAGAUAAAAAGACUCAACGAUAUCUUGAACCAAAUCGAAUGUUGAAAUGGUUCGAAGAAAAUUGUACAAAAAAUUCAAAAAAUCCUUUAAGUAGUCGUGGUAAUCAAGUAUAUUUAUUAGCCACAGCUCCAAUUUAUGAUGAAUGGAUUCGAGAUAAUUACGAAUUACAAGUCUGGCAAGCAUAUUUAAAAAUGGGUACAGAACAGAAACAUUGGGCUAAAGAAGUCGUUCAACGAACGAAAACUCGAGAUAAUAUAAGAAAUACUCAAUUUGUUCAAAAGAAAAUUAAUCGACUAAUGAACAAUAUUUCUAAAGUAACUACUACUAUUACAGACUUACAAAUUCAAUUAUCAACAUAUUGGAUGCAGACAAAUACCGAAGGAUUGGUACAAAGAUUAGUUAAGACAACAGCUGAAGCUACAACAAAUAUGGUAAUUGACAAAAUAAAUAAAAGUAAGAAAUCAUCAAUUGAAAAAGGAGCUGAACCAGCAACAAGUCCUACAAUAACAAUACCAAUUACAGUAGUGACCGAACAAGGUACUACUACUACUGCAACACCAGCAACAACAAUAGCACCAACUACGAAUAAAGAUUCAACGAUUUUUAAAAAUCAAAUUCGUGAGCCUGUUGAACGUAUUGAAAAGUGUAUAUUGGAUUAUAUUUAUAAAUGUACUGAACAUGUUAAAAAGGGGGCUCAAAUUCGGCUUCAAUUAGCUAAUGUUCAAAUGAAAGAAUUCAAAGCUUUAGAAGAUUUUGAACAAAUAGCUACAGCUCAACAUUGGAAUGUUCAUUUAAUAAUAAAACCAAAGAUAAAAUUAUGGACAACAAAAAACAAAAAUCAUCAAACUAUAUUAAAACGUAUAGAAUAUUAUUUACCUUCGAAAUUUAUAUCAAAAAUUGAUUUUACAUUUAAAAUUGAUGAAUCAAUAUUAGGACAACAAGAAUCACAAGCUCUAUAUGAUGAAAUGCGUCGUUUAACAAAAAAUUUUCGUAUAGAAGCAAUGACUAAAUAUAAACAAGGAGCUGCUCGUGAAAAAGAAUUGUUAACAAUUGAAAUUAAUCGAAUUGUCGAAAGUUUCUCACAAAAUACUAACGAAGACGAAAUUAGUUUUGCUGCAUUUAAACAAUACCAUGAUUUACGUAUGAAACGACUGAAUUUAGAAAUUGAACAAUCAAUGCGAGGAAUUCUCGCUCCAAAUGUAAUUAAUGAAGCACAAGUUCAAUUAACCGAGGAUGAAUAUGAAUUACUAAAAUUAGGUCCUCGGUUUAUUUACAAUGAUCCAAAAACGGCAUCUCGACGACGUAUCACUGAGUUGGCUACUCUUAAACGAAAAAUUGAAGCUCGUUUCUUUGAAGAGAAAGUUAGCCCCGGUCGUCCUGUUGAACAAUUUAUUGCCGAAUUAGAUAUUUUGCUUCACAAAUUACAUAAUACCCCGGUUAAUUAUCAAAAAUUAAAAACUAUAUCAAUACAAAACAAUACACAAAAUAUUAUAUAUGAUAAUUUGGUUUCCACUAUAGAAUCAAGUCAAUCCCAAAAUUUAAAUUCUCAAAUGACAAUUAAAAAGAAGAAAAACUAUGGACGAUUAAUUAAACGUUUAAAACAUAAGCUUCAUUUAAAGAAUAUUGUUCUCCAAAAAUCUGAUAAGAAUAAAGUAUUCCAUUUAGGCAAACUUGAAAAUUAUCAUAAAAAAUCAGAAGAAUAUAUGGAUAAAACAAAAGCCUACAAAUGUUUAGGUACUGAAGACCCAUUACCUGAUUUGAUUCGUCGUACUAAUAAAUAUCCAUUAGAUUUACGCUUAGCCAAAUGGAUUACUCAAAAACAAUAUGAAAAAUUAUGUAUUAAUUCGAAUGAAGUCGAACUUGCCCAUUUAUAUUAUUUGCCUAAGGCACACAAACCUGGUACUCCUCUUCGUCCAAUUAUAUCUCGUCUCAAGCAUCCAACAGUAAAAAUUUCAAAAUUCCUUGACGAAUUACUUCGACCUUUAUUUGAUAAAAUGGCUUUAAAAUCAACUGUAACUUCUGGCUUUGAAUUAGUUAAACAGUUGCAAAAUUGGUCCAAGGAUAAUAUGCGUCAAGAAACUUUAUUUUGUACAAUUGACGUAGCAGACCUUUAUACAAUGGUACCUCAAACUGAAGGAGUGCUUUCAUUAAAGAAAAUGUUAGACCAUUUGAAAUUAAAACAAGUUAGUGGUCUUAAAAUUGAAACAAUUAUUAGAUUAAGUCGAUUUGUUAUGCAAAAUAAUUAUUUUUCUUAUAAUGGUCAAUAUUAUCAUCAAAUUCGUGGAGGAGCAAUGGGUUCUCCUCUUACACUAACUAUUGAUAAUUGUUAUAUGUUCUUUUAUGAACAACAAAUUAUAAGACAAAUAAAUAAUAGUGGUGGAUUGUAUUUCCGAUAUAUUGAUGAUAUUUUU